ACCCUAGUCCUUAAUCAAUGUCUCUGAUGAGAAACCCUAGUCCUUAAUCAAUGUCUCUGAUGAUAGAGAAACCAGCCGGCAAGGAGGUGGGCUGCGAUCCGGCGCAACUGGCGAAACGCGGAUGGCUCAAGGGCGACGACCUCAGAGAGCCGACCUGCAUACGUAUGUUGCCAAUGAAAAACAAGGACGACGACGACGAGAUCUGGGUUCCGGCACAGUACUGUAACAAGCCUGAAGAACCUCCUAGUGAUGAAGAGCUAAAACGCCUGUCUCACCUUUUGGCAGAAGAACCAGACAAGCUCACAAAGGACGAAUCAACCAUCCUAUGUCGCUUUCUCCCUACCCCGAAGUUUGAUGAACUCUUCUUUAAACGGGCAAGGGAGAAGAAAGCCAGCAAAUCCAAAGAACCAAAGGCUUCUAUUCCGUUUGUCUAUGAAGGAGGUGGAGAUAGUCUGCACAAUUGCAGGAUUUGUGGCAAGAAGGACCACUUUGAUGUAGAUUGCUCUUACAUGAACUUUGUCCCUCAGGGUGUAAAUGUUGGCCCCGAGUAUAUGGUGGUGUGUCGGAUAUGUGGUCAUAGGGUUAGCCAGCCUGUUGGAGAUUGUCAGUCAUGUGGUACGGAGGGAGGACGUGCUGUUAUGAAGGUGUGUAUUUUUUGUUUAUGCCUUGGUGACCACUUGCCUGAGGACUGCCCACGCACAAAGAGACAUAAGACUCGAUCCAAAUCAGAAGAUGCAUUGAUCAUAAGCUAAUUCAACGUUGAUCUUGGCAAAGAAACAGUGCUGUAGAGGAUUGGAUGAUGUUAGCUUUGUGAACAAGGACAAUGCCAAGGCAAUUUGGCCUUGUAUUUUAAGCUUAUAACAAUAUAUAUCUGUUCUUAAUAAAUGGUGUCAGCGAGUGUAGGAUUCGGUUAGGUGAACUUUGUGAACAGGGAAGAUGCCAAGUCAAUAUGGCCUGUGUUAUAAGCUCAUAAUGAUAUAUAUAUCUUGUUGUUCCGGCU